UCUUACUAAACCUGUCCAGAAUCUACUGUAUUGUCGUGCUUGUGAAACUCUUCUGUGGGUAUUGAUGGACUCAUUUUGUCAGUGAAUCCUUAUUCCUUCAGAAAUCCUUUGGAACUGGCCACCAAUCCCAAAGCUCGGCCCCCAGUCAGGAGUUCCUUUCCUGGCCCAGCUCUGCGUUCCCCACAUUUCAGUGCUUGUCGAGAACCAGCAGAUGGGGCUGGAAUGCUGCAGUGAGGCAGCUCCAGCACAGAGUGAACUCAGGAGAGGUGGGAAGGGUGGGUGUGCUGGAGCACCGGGUUAAUGCUGCUGUCUGCUGGGUUUCCAGAGGGGGAUGCGCCGCUGCAGGAGGCCCCGGGAGGCGGAGCAGAGGCCCCAGCAGGCAGAGCAGAGGCCCCGGAGGUUGUUGAUCUGCAGCAGCUGCUGCCCCUGGGCGGUGUGUACCACAUCCAGGCCCUGCAGCUGCCGCCCCAGGCCCGGGACGUCGGGGACUGGAGCGUGGUGGAGCUGCUGGAUGUUGGACUGGAGGUGUAUCCAUAUUCCCCAGAAGAGGCUGAAGAUGGCACACAAGCACCAGUACAGAUAACCCUGAGGCUCCCUGAUAAUGUGAUUUAUUUUCAAGUGCCUGUGGUUGCCCGAUGGGAUCCUGCAGGCCAGCAGUGGAGAACUGAUGGCAUCAGCAACACGACCUACGAAGCAGAAGAAAAGAGCAUCACCUUUGGGAUGGGUGCCUUUUACACAGUAGCCCUUCUCCAGGAUGCUCACCUGAACCUGCCCUAUCAGGCCUGGGAAUGGCACCCUACUGCUGUGGAUGAAGGACUCUUCACAGUCACUGCAGUCUUUGCAACCAUUCAGAUACAAAUUAAGGAUAACCAGUGUAGGUUGUCUUCAGUAGUGGUGGAAGAGGAGGAGGUGCUUUCCCACAUCACAGGAAAGUGGAUGAGUCCUUUUGCCCUCAGAGCAGCUCUGAAAAGAGCUGGAGUGAACAUUUUCCCAGCAGAGUACUCUCCUGAGUACAUCCCUGUGCCCACAAAGGCUGCCCUGGCAGAAGUGAAGGCCUAUGAACAGAUGGCUCUGCUUGCAGCUGCUUUUGCUUUUACUCACAGCAAGUGGAAUGGAGAAGCAGGGCCAGGGCAAGUCGUGUUCAAGGUGAGUGAACACCUUACAGCAGGUUCUGCCCAAGACAAUGACUGGUCUCUUUACAUGUUCAGUGAUGAGAAAGUACAAAACCUGAAGCUCACUGAAACCAGUGAAGCUUUUUCAGAAGAGCUGGAAGAGGGGUCUGAAUUUCACUCCACACUCUACCAUAUGCUGAAGGAUUCUGCCAGCAGUGAAGCCAUGGAUAAAGUGGAAAGAGCUGGCUUCAAGUUUAUUGAUUCUGUGUAUCAGCUGCUCCUUGCUACCAGAGUUUUAGCAUACUCUUAGAUAC